UGCAACCAACCUCCACAGUGCGAGGAAACUUGGGAGCUUGCGAUCUUUUGGCUUCACAGUUUCUUCCACCUUCGGGAGCCAGCGUCAGCGAUUCCGAUUUGAGCCCCGCCCCAGGGAGCCUGCGGGCGCUGGAUUGGCCGAUGAUUCUCUCCAGACAUCUCCCGAAGAGCUGCCAUGUCUGGGAAUACUGCAUCUUCGUCAGAACAGAACAACAGCUAUGAAACCAAAGCCUCCAAUCUUCGAAUGUCAGAGAAGAAAUGUUCAUGGGCAUCUUACAUGACCAACUCCCCAACUCUCAUCGUUAUGAUUGGCUUGCCAGCCCGGGGCAAAACCUAUGUGUCCAAGAAACUCACGCGCUACCUCAACUGGAUUGGGGUGCCCACCAAAGUGUUUAAUCUUGGGGUGUAUCGGCGUGAAGCAGUCAAGUCCUAUAAGUCCUACGACUUCUUCCGGCACGACAAUGAGGAGGCCAUGAAGAUCCGCAAACAGUGUGCUCUGGUGGCGCUGGAAGAUGUGAAGGCGUACCUUACCGAGGAGAGCGGGCAGAUCGCGGUGUUUGAUGCCACCAAUACGACUAGGGAGAGGAGGGACAUGAUUUUGAACUUUGCCAAGGAGAAUUCCUUCAAGGUAUUCUUUGUGGAAUCUGUCUGCGAUGAUCCUGAUGUCAUUGCUGCCAACAUCCUGGAGGUAAAGGUGUCGAGCCCUGACUACCCUGAAAGGAACAGGGAGAAUGUGAUGGAGGACUUCCUAAAGAGAAUUGAGUGCUACAAAGUCACCUAUCGACCCCUUGACCCAGACAACUAUGACAAGGAUCUUUCUUUCAUCAAGGUGAUAAAUGUGGGCCAGCGAUUUUUAGUGAACAGAGUCCAGGACUACAUCCAGAGCAAGAUAGUCUACUACCUCAUGAAUAUCCACGUGCAGCCUCGCACCAUUUACCUUUGCCGGCAUGGAGAGAGCGAAUUCAACCUCUUGGGGAGGAUUGGGGGUGACUCUGGCCUCUCGGUGCGGGGAAAACAGUUUGCCCAGGCUCUAAGGAAGUUUCUGGAGGAACAGGAGAUAGCAGACCUCAAAGUGUGGACGAGCCAGCUAAAGAGGACUAUCCAGACUGCUGAAUCCCUGGGUGUGACCUAUGAGCAGUGGAAGAUUCUGAAUGAGAUCGAUGCUGGCGUGUGUGAGGAGAUGACCUAUGCGCAGAUUGAGAAGCAGUACCCGGACGAGUUCGCGCUUCGAGAUCAAGAGAAAUACUUGUAUCGGUACCCUGGUGGGGAGUCGUACCAGGACCUGGUGCAGCGGCUGGAGCCCGUCAUCAUGGAGCUGGAGCGGCAGGGCAACGUCCUCGUGAUCUCCCACCAGGCUGUCAUGCGCUGCCUGCUGGCCUACUUCUUGGAUAAGGGUGCAGAUGAGCUACCAUACUUGAGGUGCCCCCUCCAUACCAUCUUCAAACUUACUCCUGUGGCCUACGGAUGUAAAGUGGAAACAAUUAAACUCAACGUGGAGGCUGUGAACACUCACCGUGACAAGCCAACCAACAACUUCCCCAAGAACCAAACCCCUGUAAGGAUGAGAAGGAACAGCUUUACGCCUCUGUCCAGUUCGAAUACAAUAAGGCGUCCAAGAAAUUACAGUGUUGGGAGCCGGCCCCUCAAGCCCCUCAGCCCUCUCCGUGCCCUGGACACGCAAGAAGGGGCCGACCAGCCGAAGACCCAAGUCAGCAUUCCGGUGGUGUAACCGUGUGUCCCCUCCAGGCUUGGCCUCCUGCCCUUGUCUCUAAGCACCAAUGAGUCAUUUAACUUCCAGACCCCACCCCCAACACCCCACCAUGGACUUUAACACAGAAUGUGAGCUAAUGUGUUUCCAGACCAAUCUUAGCUGUUCUCCAGUGUGAAACAUCUCCCUGCCCAGGGGCAAUUUGACCAGUGGGUGUUUUAGGACAUGUCCUUGGUUGGGGUAGUCUGGAGGAGGAGGAAAAGGGCUACACUCCCCUGGGUGCUUAGCAUAGCUGGGUCUGAGGUUAAGCCUGCCCCAUAGCCUUGGUUCUUAUCCUUGGUGUCUAAACUACUCAUGUCCUUGUGUUGGUAAAGGAGGGGGUGGGGCGGAGGGGGAGACAGAAGCCCAUUUUUCCUUCACCUUUGUCUCUUCAAGGUGUGCUUUACUCACAGUCCUUACUUGCCUGCUUUGUUCCCCCCUUGCUCACCUCCCCUUUGGAUUCUCCAGUGUGAUGCAUGGCAUUGUCAUCGUGUCUGUUGAGGAGGGAAGGGGUGGUUGGCGAGAGAGAAGUCUGGGCUCUGUUGAUGCUCUCUGCAGGGGGCCUCAAUGGAUCCAGACUGGGGGAGCUUUUUUUUUUCCCCCUCUCCUUUCCUCUCAAACCAGGUCCUGAAAGGGUCAGCCCAGGCUGCAGAACAUCCACAGAUGCUCUGGAGCCCACAAGUGGACAUAGGGUGAGAGUUCGUGCCUCCUUUCAUGAGAGCCAGUCCUAAGUCUUUGAGGCUCCGGGGGAGUUGGCUCUGAGUAUGUGUGAAAUAUCUUGGUUGGUACUUUUCACUUCAAGAGCCAGGCAUGGGUCUUUUUGGCAGCUGUGGAAUGAGGUUUAGGAGAAUAGGACGUUCUCUAGGUCUUGCAGGGCUCUUGUAGGGCAGUCAUGUCUUUUUUCAGUGGCUCCCAGCUUUGCCAACCACAGCAACUUUCCUGCCAAGGCCAGUGACCUCUGGGGCUGUUUAGAAGGACAGAGUUAGAUUAAAGAGUCACCGCGGAUACUGGAAUUGCUCAAGGCAGACAGAAGGCAGCGAAGAGUUCACUAGAGCUUUUUAUUUUCCUGUAAUUUUCAACACACUCUCCUCUUUACGUUAAAAUAUUUUGCAUGAGCAGUGUUUCCCCCCACCCCCCCAAAUGUGGAAAGGCCUGGCCAUGAAUUUAAUCUCCCUCACCGGUGUAUUCUUUUAUCUCAUCUUGGUUUCCAGGAGUCUUUGGGACCUUGAGGGGUCUAGCUCUUAAUUAUCUGGAAUUGCCUAUUCACUUUUGUCAUUUUGUUUUCUCUAGGGUUAAACAGGAAACGUUUAGAACAGGGGAUUCUUAGCUCCUUGGUGGCCCCUCCAAUUCGGUAUAUAAAACAUGAAUAUAUGUGCAGUUUUCUGAGAGAGAAUUCGGAUUUCUCAUGAGAUUUUUAAAAGUGAUGGAAUACAUCCACACCUUAAAGUUAUCAAUUGUCUUUUAGAGGAAACCAGUGAGAGCAAGUGACCUAUUUGCCAAGGGUCUUUUUCUUUGGUAAUAGAAGACCUUUUGUCAUGGUUCUCAUCUAGGAGCAUUCAUUACAAUCCUCUUUAGAAUUUUUGAAAUACAUACAUGCCCCAGUCCACAUUAGGCUUAAUACUAACUCAGAAUCUCUGGGGUUGGGGUCUGGGCAUGUAUGCGUUGGCAAUAACUUCCCUGAAGAUUCUGAUUCAUACUCAGGGUUAGAGCUUCAUUUCAGUUGUGGGGAGAAAUACUGGAGUAGUUCUUCGGACAGAGCGUCAACCUAAGAAUUUUGAAUUCUUUUUGGCUCUGAAAGGACGAUUCUCUGGAGUUAGAUGUGUGAGCAGAUCACAGUAUUACACUAAGUAAUACACUAAGUAUCACACUAAGUGACCCCCUUGAAGGCAGGCUGCUGUGUUUUAGAGCGUUAUUCUGGGUUCUAGUCCCAUCUUUAACCCUUUACACUGCAAGGUGUUGUGGAACAAAGCAUUGUGUGAAUAAAUGUCCUCGGGUAAUAGCUGGGAAUUUUCAGCACUCUGGAUAAAGGCACAGAGAUAAAACCUGUAGGAUGAUAAAGGUUAUCAUCAUAGGCAGCUGCCUUGUGACCUUGAGUCCUUUAUUCUUGCAUCUGAGUAGAGCAGGACAUCACAGUGUUUCCAAAGUCUGCUUGCCUAGCUUCUGCUCCUCAGUGUGUCUAACCUGCUAUUUCUGUUUUGCCAUUACAUUCUGGGUACAUGGUGUCUUUGCGGGGCUUCGGGCUGGGUGGGGGGGGGCUGAUGGUGAUAGGGUGCACAGAAGUGGAAGAAAAGGUCCUUGCCCUGAAGAAGGUUAUUUUAGAGACAGGGUAUAUAGUUUAUAAUAAAUGAACAUUUGCAAAAGAGCAACACCUUGCAUCUGUAAGUGUGGACACUGAAGGGGAGUUCAGAUUCCUUCUGACUUUUCUCUUGUCCUGUGAGACUGAAGGGGGGUAGCAGGUGAGAGUCCUCCCCCUCCAGGUGAGAAUGAGAUGUGGUCUAGGUGGUGUGGGGGGCACUUUUACAAGGUGGCUUCAUCUAACCUUACUUGGCCGGCAGCAUGCUUAGCCCAAAUGAUUAUUCAUUCAGUUUUUUUUUUUUUUCCUGCCGUGCAAUAAGAAUAAUUCAGAGCUAAUGAAUGACAAGCAGGAGCAUUUUGAUCCAAAGACUUUGGAUUUGGGUUGUGCAUACUCUUAGUGAGAGGAGGAUUCUCUAACACACGAGCAUUGUGUUACCCUGUUAUAAACCCCAGCAUGAGCCACAGGUCACCGGGAUGUUCACUGUGGCCCUCAGCCUGCUCCUUAUUUCUCCACUCUCCCCCAUGCUAGUUUGCUUCCCCCAAAAGAGGAGCCUGAGGUGGUCUUUUUAGUCUCAGGUGGGACACAAGAAAUUAGAACUUCACGGUAGCAAGGCUUUCGGCAUCCUUCAGUUUUUAGAGCAAGAUCCCUCCAGAGAAGUUUCUGCAGGAAGAAGCCAGGAGAAUACAGAAUGGCAUAGAGCUCUUACUCCAAAUUUUAGAGAAGUUCCACUUCUUAUCUUUUCUAUCCUCCUCUUCCUUUCUUACUGGAAUGUGUAUUGGUAGUAUCUGCACAUUGCUAUAGUUAUGUCUAGGUCAUAGAUUCUACAAAGAAAGGAUGGAUUCCGGAGCACCUUUUGCUGAGGCUUUUGGUUUCAUUGUGGGAGAAAUAGGUGAAGGCUUUAGCAUUUAAUCUAUUAAAUUAUUUAAUCUAGUAAAUGGAGAAAGGAAAAUCCCUGUAUAUUUCAUUGUCUUGCUUGGAAGCUGAAUGAUGAAUUUUGUAACAGACUUGAAAGAGGAAUCCAAAGCAGAUUUAGAGAACUAGCUUCUCUUGUCUCAUAAUCCUCAAAUUAGAAUUUAGUUCUUCUUAAUUUGUAUUGUCUUUGGUUUUUGUUUUGAUAAGGGGAUUGUUUUACAUUCAGCUGCAAAGUAGAAUUAGAAAAUCUUUUUUUUUUUUUUUAAAGAUUUUAUUUAUUUAUUUGACAGAGAAAGACACAAUG